UGAUUUUAAUACAUUUAAUGGAAUGUACCAAAAUGUUAUUAGGACAUAUAAUUAAUGUAAAAAACUUAAUGAGCUAUUUUAGAUUGUUUUCUCUAACUAAAGCUUUGAUUAUUUUCUCUUACUAAAUACUCUGUAAUACCAAUUCACUGCUUGGUUUCAUUAAUUUGUUAACAGUUUUAUUCUGUGCCCUUGAUAGAGAAGAGGAAUAGAGAGGAGUAGUAAGAACUCUGGCACUGUAGCCUGAGUGUCUGCCUUCAAAUCCCAGAGCUACCACUUGGACUAGCUUCCUAGCCUCUCGGGGCCUCAGUUUAUAGAACUGUGAAAUGGGCUUGAAAGGGCACGCAGUGUUGUUAUAAGGAACUAUGGAGUUGUUACAUGUAUAGUAAUUAGAUUAUUGCCCAGUACAUAACAGACUUUCAAUAAAUACUUACUGUUAACAUUGCUGUUACUAAACUGGGCAAAGCUGAUGAACAGGUCCAGACCUGCGAGAGCACCAGCGAUCACUAGGCGGCAGCACUGAGAUCCUGUUUUCAGCUUGGAUCCCCAGCAAAUACCCUGUACUUGCCCUGCUCAGGAUUCUCUAAGUACCGUAGUAGCCAGGCCUGGGCAGGCAGGAGCCAGGAGAAUGGCUAUAGUGUCUUCAACAGUACUGGUCGACAUACAAGAUGAGGUGACCUGCCCCAUCUGCCUGGAGCUCCUGACGGAACCCCUGAGCAUAGACUGUGGCCACAGCUUCUGCCAAGUCUGCAUUGCAGAGAAUAACAAGGAAUCGCGGGUCAACCAAGAAGGGGAGAGCAGCUGUCCUGUGUGCCAGACCAGCUACCAGCUCAGGAACCUGCGACCUAAUCGGCACCUGGCCAACAUAGCGGAGAGGCUCAGAGAGGUGGUGCUGGGCUCAGGGGAGCUGCUGAAGGUGAUUCUUUGUGCGCACCAUAGAGAGAAACUCCAGCUCUUCUGUAAGGAGGAUGGGAAGCUAAUUUGCUGGCUUUGCGAGAGGUCUCAGGAGCACCGUGGUCACCACACGUUCCUCAUGGAGGAAGUUGCUCAGGAGUAUCAGGAGAAGUUCCAGGAGUCUCUGAAGAGGCUGAAGCAAGAGCAGCAGGAAGCUGAGAAACUAAAAGCUGUUAUCAUAGAGAAGAGGACAUCCUGGAAAAAUCAGAUGGAACCUGAGAGACACAGGAUCCAGACAGAGUUUAAUCAGUUGAGAAACAUCCUGGACAAAGAGGAGCAGCGACAACUGAAAAAGCUGGAGGAGGAGGAGAGGAAGGGGCUGAAUAUUAUAGAAGAGGCUGAGGUUGAGCUGGUCCACCAGAGCCAGGCACUGAAGGAGCUCAUCUUAGAUCUGGAGCGUCGAUGUCAGGGGUCCACAAUGGAACUGCUGCAGGAUGUGAGUGAUGUCACAGAAAGGAGUGAGUAUUGGACUCUGAAGAAGCCAGAAGAUCUACCCACCAAACUGAAGAGUGUGUUUCGAGCCCCAGAUCUGAAAAAGAUGCUACGGGUGGUCCGAGAGCUGACAGAUGUCCAGAGCUACUGGGUGGAUGUGACUCUGAAUCCACACACAGCUAAUUUAAAUCUCGUCCUGUCUAAAAACCGGAGACAGGUGAGAUUUGUGGGUGCCAAGCUGCCUGGGUCUCAUCUGGAAGAGCACUAUGACUGUGGUGUCCUGGGCUCUCAGCACUUCUCCUCAGGAAAACAUUACUGGGAGGUAGAUGUGGCCAAGAAGACUGACUGGAUCCUGGGCGUGUGCAGCCACGCAGUGGCACCUCCAUUCUCUGUCAACCAGUUUGUGAACAAUCGCAAUGUUUACUCCAGAUAUCAACCUCAGAAUGGCUACUGGGUGAUUGGGUUGCAUCAUAAACAUGAAUAUAGAGCUUAUGAGGACUCUUCCAGCUCCCUGCUCCUCUCCAUGACUGUGCCCCCUCGCCGUGUUGGGGUUUUCUUAGACUAUGAAGCCGGCACGGUCUCCUUUUUUAAUGUCACAAACCAUGGCUUUCCCAUCUAUACCUUCACUAAAUAUUACUUUCCUACCACUCUCUGUCCAUAUUUUAAUCCUUGCAACUGUGUAGUCCCAAUGUCCCUGCGCCGUCCAAGCUCUUGAACAUUCUGUCUUCACCCACAUCUGAGCAGUAUCCUUUGAGGGUCACCCACACCUCAGUCUCCUUUUUGACCUUCUGUUUCCUGCAUUCUCUCUCCUUUUUUAUUGAACAUUUAUUCAGUGCUAGAAUGCACCCAGUGGUGACAAUAUCCUCCAUUAAAUAACGACAGAUCUUGAGAUGGGUGGGGGGGGUAACUUUCAACCUUUUAUUAUUAACCGUGCUAUUUGAGGGAGAUUUUUUGGUGGUGGUGGUGCAUGGAAUCAAAUGUAAGAAGUUCUCUUAAUUUGCUGUAAGUUUGGAAUGGAAAGUUGAGUUUCAACAGAUAAUUGUCUUAAUUAUUGAGAUAAUCGUGUGUCAUUUUUAUUGUUAUCAGAGUACAUUGAUUUGUUUCAAUGUUUAAAUCUAAUACAAAUUCCUGAAAUAAGCCACUAUUAUUCAUGUGCAAUACUGAAUUUGUUUUUGCUAAUACAUAGUUUAGGUUUUGUUUUUAUCUCUGUUUAUGAAAGAAAUUGAGCUGUAAUUUUACAUUCUUGUAACUUCAUAGGUUUUAUAAAAUGCAAUAAAUGAGCAAAGAAAUUGAUGUAUUUUUGUAUAAGUAUAUAUAUGAUUGCAAAGACCUAUUAUCAUGUUAAUUUUGGAUGCUUUAAAAUUAAAGAAAGAUUCUAACUUCAGUUUUCACUACAGCCUUCAUGGACUUUAAAAAUUUAAGGGUAGUAAUUGAAAACUUAAAACAAAAUCUUCCAAAUUCAUUGAAGCACAAAAAGGAAAGGAGGAAAUGAUCAAUCCAAUAGAUUAUUUUAGGAAGAGAAUGAUUUCUAUCCAUUUGUCCACAUCCCCUUUCCUGAAUGCUCAACAUGAACAGCUAGGAAGUGAGUAGCUGUAACUUUGGUAAAGAGGUGCUAUAUGCUUUUUGAGCCAACUGUAAAAGAAAUAUGAGGUGGUUGUGAGGGUGGAAACAAAUAUCAAGGAGUUGACCAGAGCUGGUGUCCAAUAUGGUAGCCAAGGGCCACUGGCAAUUCAAAUGUGACUCGUCUGAAUUGAGAUGUGCUAUAGGUGAAAUGCACGCCAGAUUUUGAAGACUUGGUUCAAAAAAUAAUGUAAAAGAUCUUAUUAAUAAUUGUUAUAUUGUAGAGUACAAUAAUAACAUUUUGGAUAUAUUGGAUUAAAUAAAGUAUACAUUAUUUUCACCUGUUUCA